AUGCCACCAGUUACUAAGCGAGUGCGUGAAAACACCGACACUGACCUCAAAUCAGCACAAAAAGCUGAUUCUCUGUCGCCAAGCCUUCUGCAACUAUUGGACAAACGCCUAAAGGAGCAGACGGAUCUCAUUGCAACAAAAAUGGAAGAGUGCGAAAAUCGGUUAUGUGAUUUAUUAGCCGAAAAAAUAGGCACUCUAACUGGACAAAUAAAGCAGCUUAGCGACCGGGUGGAGUUCCUUGAAAAGGAGUUGGGCGAGGCUCGAGGAAUAACGCAAAGAGUCGCCGAUCUAGAAGCUAAGCUAAGUCACAAGCUAUCUGUGCAAGAAAAUGCAAACAUCGCCUGCGAUUUGCGCAUUCACGGUGUCCCCUUUGUUGAAGGCGAAAAAUUGAAGCAUAUUUUCAACACCCUAUGCUUCAAUUUAAAUUUAACCCCAGCGCCUACCAUUAAGGACAUCUACCGCAUGGGAAAAGGACGGAACCAACCACAGUCAAUAGUUGAUCCGGUAAUAAUCGUCAAGCUCGAUCACUUACGUGAUAAGGCUGCGCUGCUCAGAGCAAUUGGCACGCUAAGGCGCGAAACGCAGCAAACACUGACCCUCCAGCAACUUGGAUUGGACUCCCCGGCCCCCGUUUAUGUCAACGAGCAAUUAACGAAGGAAAACUAUUUGGUUUUCAGGGAAGCUAUGAAGCUGAAAAAGGCUAGGAAACUAACGGCUGUGUUCACGCGAAGAGGAGUAGUACAUGUCAGGGCAAGCCAAAACGGUGAAAUCAUUGUUCUAGAAAACAUGAACCACCUUUCCAUGAUACCAACUUGUUCCUUUCGCCAUCAAGAAGGAGAGCAGCAGUGA